AAUCUCAGGACUUGGAACUAUAGUUUCUAUCUGUUCUUAUAAAUUCUGGUCAAAUCUGUCUCCAAACCUCAAAAUAAGUAUAUAAGGAGACCAUCCUCUGUUUGAGGUAGCUUGUAGAGGGGAAAGUUGGUCAUAUAGUUUCAAGCCAAACAAAGAGGUGUGCUUUGUUUACAUGGUUCUGUCCUACUGUUUAAGUCAGACCUUUGGACCACAUUGUAAUCCCAGGAAGAGGCAAACAAGCCUGUAGGAAAACAGCUUCUGAACAUCUUGUUCUCUAACCUAGCCCUAGAUGUCUUCUUCCAAGAAGUGUGACUGGUUGUGACAUCUUCCAGUGGACCCUACCCUGGGGUGAGGGGCUCUGAUAAUGCUGCAUCUUCUGUUCGUUUUCAAAGAUUUGUCACCAUUUGCAAACAGGCAGGUUCCUUUCCCUUCAUGCUGUCCUGUUAGAAUAUGGGUGAAGGAAAGGUGGUUCUAAAUAUCCACAACUUAAGUGUAUUAGGACCACCACCAAAAAGGGGCAGGAGCCUGGGAUUCAAGACCUAAUUUGGAAAACAAGAUAAACAAUCUAAUGACCAGAUUGCAAACCUAUAUUGUGAUUACUUUUCAACUCCUGUUUUAUCUUGAUGGUAUUGGUGUGAGUCCAAAGUACAGUUGUUCCUUGGUGUAUGAACAGGAGAUUGAUUCCAGGACUCCCUUCAGAUACCUAAAUUUGAGAUGCUCAAGUCCCUUAUCUAAAAUGGCAUAGAAUAAUGCAUACAGUCAGCCCUGUGGAUUCAAAAACCUGGGGAUAUGGAAGGCUGACUGUAUAUUGAAAAAGUCUGCAUAUAAUUGGACCUACACAAUUCAAACCUGUGUUGUUCAAGGGUCAACUGUAAUUUGCCUGGUGGCAGAGACCUGGUAUUUCCUUUUAGGCUUAGGCAGAUCUCUGGGGCUGGGACAUGGGCGUAGAUUUUUUGUGGGGUUUAAAGCUCCCAUACUCUAAUGCUGAUCCUCUGAUUCAAACUCUUGGUCCUUCGUUCAAAUUAAAUGGAUGAUGAUCUGGCUUUCUCUCUCAAACCAUUCUCUAGUUCCCUAGCCCUUAUAGCACACAGCAUCUCAAGAAAAGUAAGCUUCUACCGGCAGUCUUAUAUCCGUAAUACCUACUGCUGUUGUUUUGUAGUAGGGAUUAACAGAAGGGAGACCUCAUUUCCACACUGAUCCUUUUUGGAAGCCUUUGACACUCCUCUGCUAGUGCUUCUGUGGCUGAUCUUUCUCAGCCCUGUUUUGGUGAAUCCUUCCAUUACCCCUUACAUGUUGAUGUGCCCAGGGCUCUUCUUUCGCUGUAUCUUCUCGCCAAAUGAUACCUUAAUGCAUUGCUCUUGGAUUUCACUACAUUCAAAUCUGCAUCAUUAGCCCAAAGUUCUGUGAGCUGCUCCAUUUGAGCAUUCCACAGACAUCGUACAUCCCCAAUAUAAGAUAAGGCCCUCCCCUUGUGUUCUCUAUUAUAUUGGGUGUAUUACUAGCUACCAAGACUCUCAGGUCUGGAGAUUAGGAGAAUUAUCUUAGUUUAUCUCCCUCCCCCCACCCCACCCUUAGUUAGUUAUCUUAUCCUUCCUCCUCUGUGUAUCUGGAUCCCCCCACUUCUCUCUAUCCUUCCAUUCACUGCCCUUUUGUCCACCCCAUUUCACUAGGCUGGGGUCCUCACCUUCAUUCUCACUCUUCUCCAUCCCAUCCCCUAUUCCCCCCACCAGACUACUUAUGUGCUUAAAAGCUGAGUUGUCAUAGAUGGCGCCUCACAAUCUGCUCACAAACCUUGCCCUCCAGCACUGCUAAGACACUUUAAGUAUACACCGCUUUGUAAGAGGCUCAAAAACGUUCUGAGAACAUAAAAUAUACAGAGCCUUGCUCCCUGAAGUGUGAUUCUAAGGACCUGCUGACCUAAGGGUCUGCAUCACCCAGGAUCUUACUAAAAACCCAGACUUUCCACCCCACACCUAUAUCAGAAUUCUCAUUUUAACAAGCUCUCCAGGUAAUGUGCAUAUUAAAGUUUGAGAAGCACUGACUUAUAAAAGUCUUUUUAAAAAAAUUAAUGAGUGAAGAAAUCAGAGCUAAGGGAAAAUCUGAUGAAGCCAGAACUUUAAUAUUGAUAAAUGCCUGAAGUCAGGUGGUCUGUACUUUAUUUGGAGGGUGGAGCUGUGGAGGUAUACUGAUUUUGAAGAAGCCAGAGGACAACUGGAUGAAGUGAUUUUUAGUGUAUAUAGGUACUAAGUUUAGUCUCCCACCACCUCCUGCCUCCUUUUAUAUCACUGUGUGCAUCAAAAAACCUAAGGCCAGACUCUCCGACCUUCCUUUCCUGAGAGUGAAAGACGAAGCCUUCCUCACCUGAAGUUAGGUUAGCUGUGGCUGAGAGAUCAAAAAUGAGGCCUUUCCUAUCCCCCAACCUUUAUUCAUUCUUCCAGAUAUCACCCCUUCCAGAAAACCCACCCUCCAUGCCUGCCCUUGGUGCUGUGCACCAGGCCUUCACCCUCUGCUGUAAUUGAUUAAUGGAACACAGCUGCACCGAAAGGCACAGGCUCUGGGAUCAGAAACACUCGGGUCUGACUCCCUGGAACUCCCAGAAGAUAUGUGGCUUUGAACCUCUCUGGGUUUUAGUUUCCUCACCUGUAAAAUGUGGCAAAUAAUAGUGAUUUACUGUUUUAAACUGCUGAAAGGACCGGGUGAAUUAAUACAUGGUAGUAACGUGUGCGGUACCUCACUUGACCCCAGCGCCCAGCUGUAAACAGUGAAUAGUAAACAGCUGAGCUGCUGCAGUACUCGGCCGCUGGCCAAUGUUGGGCCUAGAGGAACUUCAGGCGUGUGAGCGCCGGACUUCUUCCAACUUUUGUUCAGCCCGGGGCAUGCUCCCUCGCGGGUAGGGCGGGACCGUCGGGUUGACUGACUGGCGGGUGACCCGCCCCGGGCGUGACGUAGUCUUGGUGGUGUUGCUGCGGCUGCACGUGGUCGACGGAGUCCUCCUCAGACUCUGCUGCGCUCCGCGCCCUCAGUACCAGCCGUUUGCCUUCCUGCUCUUCCUGCUCUUCUCGCUCGCUAUGUCCACGUUCACGAGCUGCCCGAUUCCCGGGGGCAGAGACCGGCUGCCCGACUGCUACAGCACCACGCCGGGGGGCACGCUAUACGCCACUACCCCGGGAGGCACCAGGAUCAUCUACGACAGAAAGUUCCUGCUGGAGUGCAAGAACUCACCCAUUGCCCGGACACCCCCCUGCUGCCUCCCUCAGAUUCCCGGGGUCACAACUCCUCCAACAGCCCCACCCUCCAAGCUGGAGGAGCUGAAGGAGCAGAAGGAGACAGAGGAAGAGAUACUCGAUGACGCACAAUUUGAAAUGGACAUCUAAUCCGGUGCAGAUGACCCGUGUGUGGAGUUAGAGGAAUCCCUCUUGCCACUGCUGCCACCACCUCUUCCUGGGGUAUCCAAAGGCCAGCUGGCCUCAUCUAAUCUGGAAGGGAGUGACUUGGUUCUAGGCCUCCCUUAGUUCUGAGGCAGCUAGACCAAGGAUAGGAGUGGGCACCUCGCCAAGCCCUUAGCUCUAUUUUCUCUUCCGACUAUAGGCACUCCUCUCAACCCCCAGCCUCCACACGGGCUGAGGCAGGGACUGGGGGAUGGAGUAUGUCACUGUCUGACUGCUUAGUAAAUACUGAAAGAAA